GCAUGGGCAUCGACGAACGUGAAGUUGCCGUCACUUCCGCUCGUAGACGUCAUUUGAUGGGUCUUGCCACUGGAGGCGCUGCACAACCAUUUCCUAUUUCUUUUACUUUGUGAAUGGUGUCAGAGUAAGGCAUCCAGGAUGCAGAUCUUCGUCAAGACCCUGACGGGCAAGACCAUCACCCUUGAGGUCGAACCGUCCGAUACGAUCGAGAAUGUCAAGGCCAAAAUCCAGGACAAGGAAGGAAUCCCCCCAGAUCAGCAGCGUUUGAUCUUCGCUGGCAAGCAGCUGGAAGAUGGCCGCACCCUGUCUGACUACAACAUCCAGAAGGAGUCGACGCUUCAUCUGGUGCUGCGUCUCCGUGGUGGUGCCAAGAAGCGCAAGAAGAAGAAUUACUCCACCCCCAAGAAGAUCAAGCACAAGAGGAAGAAGGUCAAACUCGCCGUCCUCAAGUACUACAAGGUCGACGAAAACGGUAAGAUCCACCGUCUGCGUCGCGAGUGCACCAGCGAGACCUGCGGUGCCGGAGUCUUCAUGGCCGCCCACGAAGAUCGUCACUACUGCGGUAAAUGCCAUCUGACUCUGGUAUAUUCCAAGCAGGAGGAAAAGUAAAAAAAAGCUAACUGGCAACCCUGCUCCUUCCGAGCGUGUUUGCGUUAUUCAGUGGAUUCGCUCGGAGGGAUCUUCUAAUUUCUAAGGAUCUAAAAAAAUGGGGCAAAUAAAUCCAUCAAUAAAACAUUGAUACGGUUCCACAUUCCGUAUUGAUACCUAA